ACCGCCUGAUAUGCCAUGAUAUUUCGCGAUACCGCCGAUAAUACCCUUGCUUGCUUUCAAGAUUAUUGUAAACGGGAUGAAAUAAAAUUUCAUUAACAUAUACGUGUGUGAUUUGAACUCUUUGGAAAUAAUAUUCGGCGUCUGGAAUUAAAUUAUCUUCGAGUUAAAACGGAACUAAUGAUGUUUAAUAGAGAAAUGUUCGAUUAAUGCUCAUUGCGGCGCGCUUGAUUACUAUUUAAUGAAGUUCAUUAAGGAAAUGACGCCACACGUGUGGCUGACAGUGUAGCUUGACCACUGGUCAUUUGUUGUUUCUACAUUAAAUUCAUCAAUCAAAUAUAAGUUAAGAUAAGCAAUAUGACAAGUUCAACUGGUAUGGAAUUCUUGAAAGAGGAUAAGCACCAAUGACCGAGGUAGACCUUGCUUUAAAAUGUAUCUUUUGGUCAAUUCAUUUGCAGCAGAGGUUGUUGAAAUUUUAGGAACUGCUUAAAAAUAGUCAGCGAAGCAAUAUUAAGGACUACUUAUUUAUGUAAUUCAGACCAGGAUUCAUCAAUAACUGAAGAAAGAGUGAGUGUUCUGCGAAAGGAAUAUUUUAUUAACGGCAUCGUUAGUUUCGUAUCUGAACGGACUCACGGACUCUGAAUUAACGACCUUGUUUGUGAAGGUUAGAUAAACUUCUAAAUGGAGCUUAAUGGCCUUAUCGGAUAUUAGUUGGCAGAACAACACAUCGGUACAAUCAUCAUUAAAAACGAACGAAGAAUUUCAUUCAUUAAAAUCCGAAACUAAAAAAGCUGAUUUCACUAAAAGCCCGAGUCGGGCAAUGCAGCCUGGCUUGAAUUUUCAAGAUAAUCGAUCUUUGUUGCAAGGUGAAGACGUUGAAAGCUUUUUUAAAGACUUAGAAGAAGGUCCUGAAACCGGCAUUAUAAAACAGAAUAUUGAAUCAGAAGGACACGAUAGUGACACCAACUCAAAACUUGAUACAAAUUCGGACAGUAGUGCUUCGACAAGCAGUGAAAAUACAGAAAUGUUUCAAAACUCAAUGCACGCAAUGCCAAUGGCUGGAUCUGCCCCAACAUAUGACACUACAGGGGCCGCAGUCGGCUCUAUAUCAUCAAUGCAUUCGGGUGUAAACCCGGUUUAUGUUCCAACCACACGAGCCGUGUUGCCACCAAUGCAUUAUAUGACAAAUGGUGCAGCCCAGGGGGUUUCCAGUACAAACUCUAUGUGGCCCAUGAACACUGACACAACAUAUAGUGCAGCAAAUCCACAUUCCUCUGUUAGCCCGAGAUUCGCAUUUGCUCCAUCGCCAAGUUCUCCCAUUUCAACCCCUACCGCACGAGCUGACAGCAGCUUUGCAACUCCAUUGGCACGCUCUAGCGGUAUAAGCCCAUAUCCAACUUACAUGGGAACACCGGAAAUUACGUCAUGGAAUUUUCAAAUGGCGUUACAACAGGGUCUACGUCAAACUGGUCCUGAUGGUCAAGAAUAUUUUACUGAUCUAGAAGGAAGGGAAUGUGUCAACUGCGGGGCUAUUUCCACUCCACUAUGGCGCCGUGAUGGAACCGGACACUAUCUAUGCAAUGCCUGUGGGUUGUACCAUAAAAUGAACGGAAUGAAUCGUCCAUUGAUUAAACCGCAGAGACGAUUGGGCGAGUUCAACGAGAUGCUCCCCUAUCAAACUGACCCGUACGGGCAACCCCUGAAUCCGUGGCGUGACAUGAACACGGGAUUUAUUACUGGCGCCAGAUCAAAAUCGGCAAGCCGCCGUGUUGGUCUGUCUUGUGCCAACUGUCAUACAACGACGACGACGUUAUGGCGUCGGAACAGUGAGGGAGAACCCGUAUGUAACGCUUGUGGACUCUACUACAAACUGCACGGGGUCAACCGUCCGUUGGCUAUGAAGAAAGACGGGAUCCAGACACGGAAGCGGAAGCCAAAAAGUCUUAGCAGCAAAUCAAAGAAUGGAUCCAGCACUCCAAAUAAUUCUGGUUCCGGUGCAACAGUAAAGACCGACCAUUCAGAAGAUAUCAAACCCAGUGACUCGCCAUCAAAUAACAAUAAUAAUACUGAACAGAGUUCAAGUCCUUAUAAUCUUACGUCACUUCCGCCAAUGAAUAAUGGCGGCAUUCCCGGUAUGAUGUUGCCACAAUCACUCGCCACAUAUCAUUCUGCAGGGCAAAGGUCAGAUUCCAAUAUCAAAGUUGAAACUCCAGAAAAUCUGAGUGGACAUGCGCAGUACAGUACUUCCUCCCCUGGAAAGCAUCAUUCAAGCCUCGAUCAGGAUCAGCACUACUCGCAUAGCGUUAGCUCUAUGGGACUAACAUCCAAUGAUACGUCUGCUUCUCUCGGUACCGUUAGUGUCGGUGCAAGUUAAACAACACGUGAAAUCUUUCCAAAUCUUUCAUGCUAAGAUUGGAGGACGAAUGCUAGUUUGUUAGAACGACACGUUUCAUAACAUAAGAAAUAAAAAAUGCACGGACUUUACGUGUUAGAUUUACAAGUUCCGUGAAGGAACAAUGAGAUGGUUGGGAUAUUUUGCCGUCUGACAGAGUUAUUUGUUUACACUGGUGCUAUUCUCCGGUGCUUUAUAUAUUCGUUCAUCUGACAUUAAUUGCACAAAUAAUUGUGAUGCAAAAUUCAUUCCGUGUUUUAUUUACUAAGUUUAGAUAUUUAUAUGUAUAAUUUGCUGUUGACCUAUGGUGCAUAAAGCUUAGACCUGCAGGAAACCAAAAGUGACUGACCUGUGCCACUAGUAUAGAGCCAGGCCAGCCGACACUGUCAGCACAUCUGUGUAGUCUGACCAGGUUUUGUACUGAUCGUAGAUCACUUUUUAUAAGUUAAUAUUGAUAUCCCUUAAACUUCAAAUGAACUUUUUCAAAUUCAAAGCAGUCCAAAUCCAUUGCAAAAAUUCAGGGUUAAUGUUGCCCUUGUUUGAUAAUAUUAGAAAAUAAUUGCGAUCAUGGCUUAUGCUUUAAUAUUUUAGCAGUUUGAAAAUUAAAAUUACAAUAUACUAGAUUGUACUAAUAUUUUAUGAUGAUAAGGUGAAUAUCAAAAAGUUAUUGACCUGGGUAUUGUGAUAUUCACCGAGGCUGACCAAUCACAUCACGAGGUUAUUUUUAGUCAUAAAUGUAUAAUAAUAUUUAUUAAUGUAAAAUGAAUGUCUUUAUAGCUUUUGAACUUUUAACUUUGUAUUUCUUUAAGAAAUGAUCAAAUUCAUUGUUUGCUAGCAUUUUGAGUACAUCUAAAAUAAAGAAACAAUGGAGUACAUUGUAUUUAUUUUCUUUUGCAUCGACUUGAUGAAAAUCAAUGUAAAUAAGAUGGCUUUUUGAAUUAUUAAAAUUUUCUGGAUGUUAAAUUAAACUUUUUAUGUUCAUUUUACACAUUUUAUUCGCUAUCAUCCACGUUUCAUUAUUUUCUUUCUAAAAAAACCAAAGUACCUCAGAUGGUUAUAAAUAAUGCUCGCAGAAAAAUAGUUCUAGUAGUAAAAUGUUUAGUUUAAAGUAGUCAUUCUUAUUUGAUAUUUUUGUAUAAGAGGGUAAGGACCUGAGGAUUGUUUUGAGUAUUCUAUUUUUAGAAUAUUUUGUUAUUUUCACAUUAAUUUCGCGAUUUUGUUAAUUGUAUGAUUUUUUAGUUAUAAUACAUAAAUUAUUUCAUUGCUUUUCCUAAACGCCAUUUUACCUAAGAUAUAGGGUAUAUAUUUUGUCCAUUAGAUAUACAGUUUUAGAAAUCCGAUUUCGUUCAUGUAUUUUUUCUUGUUUUUUUUUCUUUUUUAUAUAUAUAAAUGCGUAUGGUUCAUAUGGAACGCAAAUGACGUCAUCGUAAACGUUUUACUUCUUGUUACGAUGCAGUUUGGUUAAAGCAAAUAAUAUAGCUCCCCGCCAUUUUAUUUCGAAAUUAAAUUGCAAACAAAGACGAACAGGAUGUGUCUCUAUAGUUAUACUCUAUACAUGUAUAUUACAUAAAACAUAACAUAUUGUGGGGGAAAAAACUGUUGGUGGAUGAAACUUCUUCCAUCAAAGAGUUUGAGAAUUGUCUUUAUAUAUUUCUAUUUUUUGUUUGUUUGUUCAUAUACAUUUAUUGCGUCGAACAGUAGGGUCCGAUUUUAUGCUGAUGUUAUUUUUCUAUUUUUUGAAAAUUGAAAAGAAUCGUAUGUAUUAAUAUUGCGAUAUAGUCUUAUAAUAUAGUAAUACCAUUAUUUUACUGAUUUUUCCCUGUCAUUUAAAUGAAUAAAAGAUAAAUAUGUUUGCUA